ACUUGACACCACGCGGGUGUUGCAGCGGGACUGUUUGCCUCUUCCCCACCAAGAGCUCCAUUUGGUCUCCCCCGGCUGGUCUCUAUUUAGAUGGGCAGUGAUGACACCAAAUAUAAGCAUGAAAAGAAGUUUUGAAACUACGAACCCCGAAAGCCAGCCAGGCAGGCAGCAGCAGCCCUCAUUCCUGUAACAGAGAAAAAAUAAACCCACUUGGUAAUUGCAUCUGGCUGACGAAAAGCUCUAAUUUUGCGGGAACAAGGCUACAUCUCACCCUUGCCAGAAUCAUCACCAGAGGCGCCCACUGGCUGAGGGGGACAGGCUUCCUGGAGCUGACAGAUAAUGCAGGGGAACAAGAAGUGCACGGACGGGCUCAGCGACUCCUCGAGCAUCGGCAGCGUGCUGGACGAUGCCGACAGGGAGGUGAGCAGCCUCACUGACCGGGCGUUCCGCAGCUUGUGCAUCUCGGAGGACACAUCCUUCCACGACUCCGAUCUGGCCCUGUCCCCGGAUACCACCCGCCAGGUGUUUGGGACUUUCCGCCAGGGAACAGUGAGCCACACCCACAGGAAAAGUGGCAUUUGGAGCCAGUUACCGGCACAAGGCACAGAGCACGCAGGCUGGGCAGCCACCUUCCAACAGCUACCCAAGUACGUUCAGGGGGAGGAAAAGUACCCCAAAAGCAGCCCCCCGCCGACGCCAGCCCAGAGGAGACUGGAGGUGCCGGUUGCCGGCCUGAGAAGCAGCAACAAGCCUAUCUCCAAAGUAUCAUCACUAAUCCAGUCCUUCAACAGGACUGAGAGCCAGCGUUGCGAGAUCAGACCUACAACCAGCAAGCCCCCGGCUCUGAAAAAUCCCCCCAAAUUUGCUCCUCUUCCAGAGAACAGUGUCAACUUCUGCUUCGAUUCUGCCUUUCUGACGGUCAGGAGGGUGCCCGCUGAAGCUUCCAAUGCCCAUCAGAGCAGCCACCAGCCCGGCAGGAAGCACGGAGAACAGGAGUCCCCCAAGAAUCCUGAAAUGGCCUGUCACGGCUCCAGCAGCUUCCUCCCAGUGCCGGACAAUGCGGCCAGCUCAUUAGAGUCGAAGUUCCCCUCCCCACCCCACAAGCCAGCCCCGGGUGAGGCUGGAAGAAGCAAGGAGUGGGCUCACAAAGGGACCUUUCUGCACAGUGAAAAUAGUGCUUUUGAGUCGUGGAACGCCCACCAACCAAAGCUGCUCGAGAGAAAGGACACUGCUGAAACUGUCCCAGAAAGCAAAGCUCCCAAACAUUAUGAGGACGUGCCCUUGUUACAAGAACCCCAUCCUCCUGAGCGUAAAGUCUCGCCCUGCCAAGGCCAGGCCGGCUUCAGUCAGACCGAGAGCAGACUGGCAGCAGGGGCUCUGUCGGCAUCUGGACCCUGGGGGUGCAGGGACCCAGGAUCCCAGGUGUCUGCUAUGGAGGGAAAAGCUCCCAGCUCCCAGCUUGACCCCCAAGUGAAGCCAACCCAGGCCCCAUGGAGGAAAUCAAAGACGGGCAAAAGAGGGAAAGAAAGUCUACAAGAAGCUGCAGAAGAAAAGAAACAGAGCAACAGGAGAGGCCCACCUCUGUACACAAAGCACAACCCCCAGGGGCAAUUUCCAGAAAAUGAUGCUCUUGACAUGCCUGUGGACCCCGGUGAGCAUUACAAUCCCCCUUUCAACAUCAGCAAGCUCCUGACGCCCAUCAUACCCACCAAGCUUGCCCCGGAUCCGUCAGACAGUCCACCCUCGGAGACGAGCCCCUCGCCCCCAGCACAGCUAAACGGGUACCAAGAGAAGGAGCCCAGUGAAUGCCAGUCUCGGGACAGCUACAAGUCCAAAGCCCCUAGCCUGCUGUUCAACCUCAAGGAUGUGCGGAAGCGUGUUAAGAGCACAUACAGCCCCUCGCCUCUCUUGCGAGGCCUGGAUGAGAAAAGCAGAGGGAAGGUUGGUGGGAAGCAAGAGCCCGUGAGCAAUGGCGUCAUGCUUCCCAACGGGCUUGAGGAAAGUCCCCCAAACGAGCUUUCUAAGGAGACACCUGCAGAUGCCCUUACUGCAUCACAGGUCGGUGCCCAGGAGGACCCUACGGGCGACCGCAGUGAGUCCCCUGCAGACAGCUAUCUAACCCCUAGCGCACCUCCAGUCAUCGCCAACGCCCCCUUCUGCGUCAAUGGGGAGGCUGCCGAGAGGAGCAGUCAUGAGCACCCUGACGCCCACGGAGGGUCUGAGCCGGGGCCAGGCAGGGCUGGAUGGCGUCCAGACUCCAGGGAACGCCACCCCAGGAAGCACCUCUCCCUGAAGCUUUGCAGCAGGGAGCCUGAGGCUGGCGAGGCCACAGAGAAAAUGAAGGCCCAGCUAGAGAACGGGCCCUCGAGAUCCAUCUCGCAAGAGACAGAACCCGAGAGAGAGGUAGGACUUCAGAACCCACACUUGACCCAGAAAUUCUCCCCAGGGCCCCUGUCCCCUGAGGAGGAAGAUGUGUUUUACAGCGACAGCCAGUCUGAUUUUAUGCCGGGCCUCCAAAGCAGGGCCAAGUUCAGCACCAGCUCCUCAGAUCAAUCCUUUGCUUCGUUUGACGAUCAGCAGAAGACGUGGUUUGCCGAGAGCCAGCGGGAAGACAGGAGGAAUGACGUGAGCGCAGGUGACGGUCAGAAGGAUGAGAAGGAGAAGGCGACUGGGGGAGAUGAGCCGCAGAGCCGCGCCUCGGGUGCUGGGCGCGCAGGCACGGAGGAGCACAGCGAGCGGGAGGCGCUGCAGAGAGAAGGGGAAGCUGUGUCUGGAGGAAGGCCCGGGAAGGCAUCGGCAGAAGAAGCUCAUUCCAGAGGCUCUUGGGUUGGGGGACGUAGGGGUACCUCCCUUUCACACGCCAAAGACCCUGCCCCCUCGUCGUCUUCCGCUGCAAACAAGCACAUACUGUUUACAAUUAAAGACAACACGCUCAGAGCCACCCCGGUAAUAAAACCCAUCAUGCUGCCUCUCCUGAGGACCAUGUCCUCCGAAGACUCGCUCAGCGGUGGCCACAGAGAGGAGGACUCGCCAAGGCCAGGAUGGGGUGAGGAUGCUGCUUUCGGUGCCCCUGAAAGCCAGGAAAUGCCUGGCACACUUAUGCCUGCUAACAUGCAGAGCGCACACACGAAGCUCCUGGCCUGUGAUGGCACAGAGGACCCCGGGCAGGUGUCCAGCACGGCCGGGAUGGAGACCUCCCAGCUAGUCCCAAAGGGGAACUUCCCAUCUCUGCCUCUGGAAGGAGAGGGGGACGGGAUGAAGCCACCCCCAGAUGCAGCACAUACAGUCUUCGCACACGACGGCAAGAGCAGUUCCGCAGACUCAGGGAAGCCGGUUGCCCCCUGGGACAUCCCAACAAUCGCUCUACCCGAGGGUGACUUCGAAGACCAGCCACUACCGUGGCAGCCCGGAACCUGUUGGGAAGAACAGACGCGAGGUGCCAAUAGUCACUUUUUGUCUACGCCCAGAGCAGGGCCGCCUGGGAGAAGACUGGCGCAUGGAGAGAUGGCAACUUCUCCCAACUCCAGCUCCCUGGGGGAGAGCAGCGUGUGCUCCCCUGCCGCCAGUGAGCUGGAACUGCUGCCCGAGGAGCCCCCUCAAGCCAGCCCCUGGGCCAGCCCCAGUCCUGCCAGGGUCGCCAGAAGGGAGGACCUGACCCACGCCCUCGUGUGGGAGGCCAGCUCAGACCCUCAACUCGAGCCGUCGGCAGAAGACCUCCGGACGCUCUCUCCACGAGACUCACUGCCGGAUGUGGCCGCCAGCCCUGCAGGCCCCCCUGGGAGGCCGGAGCUCCCUGCUCAGCUGGGGAGGGCGGCCAGCAAGCCACCCGCAGUCCCACCCAAGACAGAGAAGGCCCUACGGCGGGCGAAGAAGCUGGCAAGCAAGAGGAGAAAGACCGACCAGCUGCCAGAGAAGCACGGCGAGUCCCGGGAGGGAAAGCCCUGCCCAGAGGACUUGGAGUGGACGGAGCAAAGGCCACCGUCCCCCGGAGAGAGGCCGCGACGCAGUUUCCCCACGGUGCGCUCCGUGCCGCCGCCCCUGCACCGCCACUCCGUGUCCGGCUUCUCGGAGCCUAUUGGGAGGCAGCCUGGGGGGCCCCAGUCCCUCAAACCCUUGUCCCCUUACCCCGCCACACAGAAGGUGCUCCAGGACCCCCAGUCUGGAGAGUACUUUCUCUUCGACUUGCCACUCCAGGUGAAAAUCAAGACCUUCUACGACCCAGAGACGGGCAAGUAUGUCAAGGUCUCCAUCCCCUCAUCCGAGGGGCUCCCCCCUGAGCCGCCCCUGCUGGAUGCCCGGGCCGCUCCCUACGUGCUGUACCCCGGCUUCCGGCCCGUGCCCGUGACAGCCUUGAUGCCCCUGCGCUGCUCCUCUCAGCUCUCCGCCCCCACCUUCCUCAGGCAGGGCCCUCGCGCCCCUGGGGCAGCCCGAGCCAGGCCCCAGAGCGCCCACGAGUCUGGACUGCAGCUGGCCCCGGGGCCUCAGGGUGACCCCACCCAGCACUCCGCAGGCCAGCGCCCCCAGGGGCCUCCCCGGGGCCCAGAAGAGGAGGGUGCAGAAGCUCCAGGCCUGGGCAUCAUCUCCACAGACGACCUGGAGGACUUUGCGACAGAAGGCAUUUCCUGA